AUGGACGCCCCGACGACCGCCGAUGAUUUUUUGGUGCUGAUCGUGGACACGGAGACGACGGGCCUGAGCGUGGCGACGGGCGAGCUGAUCGAAGUCGGCGCCAUCCUGUACUCCGUGCGCAGCCGCUGCGUGCUGAGCCAAGUGUCCACGCUGCUGCCCCCCCGGAGGGGCGCCAACGACGCCAGCGCCAUCAACCAGAUACCCGUGGCUGCGGCGCUGUCGGUGGGGAAGAAGCACGCGGACAUCGUGUGCGAGAUGAUCUGCGCGUGGGCGGCAGGCGCCAAGUUCGUGGUGUCGCACAACGUGGACUUCGACAGGGGUUUCAUCGCGGAGCACCGGGGCCUGGCCAGCCUGGCGCAGAAGGUCUGGUUGUGCACGUGUUAUGACUUCCAAUGGCCAAAGCAGCACCGCCCGGCCAUGAAUCUCGUCCAUCUGGCACUGGCACACGGGAUAGGCGUCACCUGCGCGCACAGGGCACUCAGCGACUGCCAGCUCAUUGCAUCACUGUUCAGCGCAGUUGAAGACCUUCCUGGCCUCAUCUCAAAAGCCGCCAGACCCAAGUGCCGUGUUGUUGCACUUGUGGACUAUGCUGAGCGCGAGAAGGCCAAGGAGGCAGGCUUCAGGUGGGAUGCCACGUCCAGGACUUGGUCACGUUGGCUGGCCAUAGACAACCUCCCCAAGCUGCCCUUCAUGUACACCAUGACAGAGGUCGAUCCUAGGGGAAAUGAGUCCAUCAUGUGGGUGCGGCUGUGGCAGUUGUACAUCUGCCGGAGGAUGGGGGAAUGCAACAACAGGGAGAAAGGCCAGUGCAGGGACCAUGUUGCUCAGGAGGAGCAGCAGCAGCUGCAGGAAAUCGGCCAACGGGCCUGGAAGUCUGUCAAGAUGGUGCCCUCGUUGAGGAGUGCCAUUAGGCAGCUGUGGGCAGACUCUAAGAGUGGUAGCAUAGAGCCGGUCGGCCUGACAGAGACGAUGGGCCCGCUGGAGAUGUGGUCGCGGUACAGCAUGCCUGCUGCACAGCCAAGCAUGGAUUCCUGCCAGAUCAGUGCUGCCAGUAGUGACCAGGAGUCGGUGUGUGCCUGUGCCCCAGGCUCGCCAGAGAAUCAGGCGACUGUUCUCAUGGGUUUGCACACAUUCAAGGGCAAUGACAAGAUGUUGGCUGGGCACACAGAAGAGCAGAUGGCCCAGCUCGAGAGUGAGCAUUCAGAUGUGGUGGCUGCCUUGGAGAGCCAGGUCGCCAACCUGGUUGUUGCUGAUGGUGGGGAAGACGUGAAGUGCAGGAAGCAGAGGCUCAGAAAACGCCAAACAAUAGCAGCAUAG